UCCUGCCUUACAGGUAUAGCCUAUACAUGUAGCCUAUGCGCAUACCUGCUUCAUUCAAGGGCGAAGUUGAAACUGCUUUAAACUGUUUUAUUGCAUACCUCUCUGAGCCGAGAUCAAUUCACAUCACAUCACAAUUCACCCCGCUUGAAUUUGGAGCCACUUGCAAUUCCACACCUUUUUCCAACAGAAACCCAAUUCGAUAUCCCUUUGCGCCCAACUGAGCCAGUCUUAUUGGAAGACCGGGAUCCCCCAGAUAACUUUUUUGACAUUUGUAUACCGCUCACUUGUCACGAGAGACUUGUCUACAAAAAGCCAUCCAAAUUCCUCAUUCAGAUUUAUCCUCGGAUUGUUCCGCACGACAGUACACACGUCCUAUCUACAUUUCACCUUCACUGUGCGACCAGCUUUCAUCCUAAAAAGAGAGAGAUAAAAAAAAGCUACAGGACAACGGUGGAUCAAAAUUGCUAACACUGUUGCUAGAAACUUGGGUUAGUCCGCACCAUUAUUACUUGUGAUUCGGAGUUCUACAUACCAACGGCGACGCCCAGUUCAGAGAGCUGAGCUAUAAGUCAAUUCAAACUCGCUCAGUGAGGUUGGCAACUUCGGCUACCGCCUAAUCGCUAACCUCCCUUUGCUCCGACUUUCUUAGGUAGAUAGUCGAGGGGAAGGGGUAUCUAGACGUUAAACUAUCACCAAUGUCUCGAAGAUACACCACACGCACUCCACGCCACAGCGGUCCCAUCUCGGACGAAGUUAGCUACUCAGAAGAGGAGGAUUCAAGGCCUAGUGGAGGAUCAUAUAGUCACGGACGAGAGGUUUCGGACGAGGACUCUUACGAGAGUGAAGAGGAAGAAGAGUUCGACGACGACGAUAUUGAUCCAGAAGAUUCAGCUUCUACUAGCCCCUCAAGGCGCCACCACCAAGAAGCUCGUCCUCAUCGCGCCCCAUCCCGUGCCCCGUCUCGCACGCCGUCUGGACAGCAACACAGGAGUGUUGCCCAUAGAGUGCCCCCCCAUUACGAUUACGAUACUUAUCGGCAGGCGCCGAACCCCUCUACCAGUCUGGAUUCAGAUUACGAUUACUACGGCCGGGGUGCUGCCUACCCACCGCCGGCCGGAGGGAACCAGUAUUAUGCCGGUGGCCGUGGCGGUUAUCCCCAAAGCCACGUUGGCGGCUAUGCUCCCCCUUAUGGUGGAAGUGGGCAGGUAGUGCCAUACGGACCACCCAACCCGUACCAAAAUCCUUUCGCCCCGAUGAACGGAAAUGCUGGUAACUAUUUUAAUAACGAGCAUAGGUGGCCUGGUGGUAACGAAAUGAUGCCGUUUGGCGGAGGUGGCGGUCAGAAUUACUUUGGUGGUCAGCCGCCGUAUCCUAUGCCGCACGGCAUGGCACAAUACCAGUGGUCCCCUCCUCCGCCUCCACCGACGGACAUCGGUGGCCCGUCUCGAACACCUGCCCCAGCCCCAGCUCCAGAGCCUCCGAAGGAGGACCCCGAAAAGGAAGCCAUGAAAAAGAAAUUAGCUGAGAUUGAAGCCGAGCAGAAGCGGAAAGAGCAAGAAGCUAAGCAAAAGGAGCUCGAGGCUCAAAUUAGACUAGAGGCAGAGCUAGCAUUCCAGCGCAAAAUGGAGCAGAUCAAGAGGGACGAAGAGAUUCGUGCUGAGGAAAGAAAGAUUGCCAUGGAGAAAUUGACCAAAGAUAUCGAGGAUGCAAAGAGGGCAGCCGAGAAAGCCGAGGCGGAGCGUGCCCGUAAGGAAGCAGAAGCUCUCGAAAGAGCUGAACGAAGUGCCCGUGACAAACUCGAAGCGGAACAGAAGGCCGAAGCAGAAAGGAAGAGGAAAGAAGCAGAGGCUGCCGCCCUUGCAGAGGCUGCUCUUCAGGCUAAGCUACAGGCCGCUAUCAGGGCUGAAGCCGAUGCGAGAGCGGCGGCGGCGGCCAGAGCUGCUGAGGAGGCUGCACAAAGAAAGAAAUUUGAGGAAGAGGCUAAAGCAAAAGCUGAGCUAGAGGCCCGCAAAAAGAUAGAAGCUGAAGAGGCGGCUAGGGCUGCCGCCGCCGCAAAGGCUGCGGAAGAGGCCGCGCAGAGAAAGAAAUUCGAGGAAGAGGCUAAAGCAAAGGCAGAGUUAGAAGCUCGCUUAAAGUUAGAGGCCGAGGCGAAUGCUAGGGCUGCAGCAGCGAAGGCGGCGGCUGAAGAGGCGGAAAGGCAGAAAAAAAUAGAAGAAGAAGCUAAAAUCAAAGCUGAGCUUGAAGCUCGUAAAAAGAUAGAAGAUGAAAGGGCAGCGGCGGAAGCAGCCAAAGCUGCCGAGGAGGUUAGGAAGAAGGAAGAAGAUGCGCUGAAGAAGAAGCUCUUAGAAGAGGCCAAGCUCAAGGCUGAAGAAGCGAAUAAGAAGAGCCUUGGUAAGGACAAGGCGCCGAUUCGGUUCAAGGACGCCGUGGGAAGAAAAUUCAGCUUCCCUUUCCAUAUAUGCCAGAGCUGGCAGGGCAUGGAAGAGCUCAUCAAGCAAGCUUUCAGCCAUGUCGAUGUUAUUGGUCCCCAUGUACAAGCUGGGCAUUAUGACCUUAUCGGUCCGAAUGGCGAGAUUAUUCUCCCCCAGAUAUGGGACAAGGUGAUUGAGCCAGAUUGGGCGGUGACGAUGCAUAUGUGGCCUAUGGAUCGGCCGGCUAUGCCUCAGGGAGGAGCUAUGAGAUCUAUACCUGGUAGACCAGGGGUCCACAUGGCUGGUGGCCCAUUCCCGCCUCAGGGUCUUAGGCCGCAAGGCCAACCGCGCCCGGCAAGCAGUGGCGGACCUCCACCUCCGCCGACUCAUCCGAUGAUGAUGGGUGCGGGCGGCAUGCCCGGUCAUAUGAGGAGUCAGGUUCCUUUCGACGGACGCCCAGUUGGGGGCCCCGGCGGAGGGAUGCCUCCAAAUAUCAUCCAAGUUAACAAGCCUCCUGGUAAGAAGCCAACCAAGAAAGUCCAGAGCGGCGUGCUCGGGUGGAUAGGUGGAGGAGCCGCGAAGCCCACUAAAGGCAAGAGGUCAGUCGCCGCGUCCAUUAUGUUUUUUGUUACAUGAGCUCACAACUGAAUGUGUAGUAGUAGAACUAAACGAUAAGUUAUAAUCCAUUCACGUGUGCUCCGGGGAUACCUGGGCAACUCGAUCUAGCCACUGUCAAUUUCCACUUACUCCCGUGCCUUUUUCGCCAGGCACCAGUCCUGAUUUUUAUUCCCAUCACCAAUUUAUUUUUUGGGGAGUUCUGCGACGGUCUCCAAUAACAGAUUCUGCAUUAUACCCCGGCUCGAGACGACUUCAUUGUUUAAAGCGGCAUUUUCCGCGGGCUUUUUUCUUCGAGCACGUAUUAUGGACGAAGUAAUAAUUACCACGGAGAACCAAUAUUUAUUCAUCACCACUUUGAUACCGGUAGACGUGUAUCAUUUCUUACUACUACCGCGUGUUUACAUCUAGGACUAUAUUUUUCUCUCACAUGAGGUGACGAUGUCUCAUUGGCUAAGAAUGACGAAAUGUAUGAGGAGGAAAGGCAAGUACAUGGAUGUUCUUUCAAGACGGCGAGCAUUUUUACCUUGUUGAGAUUUGUUUUGAGAGGCUAUAUUCUCGGAUGGCGUCGUGGAUGAGAAAGAUUGGGGAGACCAAGACACAUCCGGACUGAUCUGUUACACAUUUAAAUUAGGAGUUACUAUAAGUUUUGAAUUGAAUUUUGAGAAUUGUA